AUUCAUCUUACCAUUGAUAGAAGCUCAAUCAUCAUCUCCAUGGCUGGAAAAUCAUCCUUCAUUCCGCCGUCAAAGCAUGGCAACAGCACCCCACUCUUGAACUUCAUCUUUCUCUUCCCUUUACUCUCUCUGGUUUUGGGACAUGAAACUAUGGAAUUGGAACAGUAUCCAUUGGUUGUGAGCACUUGGCCGUUUGUUGAGGCUGUGAUAGCUGCAUGGAGGGCUGUUGAUGGUGGCUCUUCAGCUGUGGAUUCUGUGGUUGAAGGUUGCUCUGCUUGUGAGGAACUCAGGUGUGAUGGAACAGUUGGUCCGGGAGGAAGUCCUGAUGAGAAUGGAGAAACUACAAUUGAUGCCCUUGUCAUGGAUGGGGUGACUAUGGAAGUAGGAGCUGUCGCAGCCAUGAGAUAUGUAAAGGAUGGAAUCAAGGCUGCCAGGUUAGUGAUGCAACAUACUGAACAUACUUUGCUGGUAGGAGAGAAAGCAUCUGAAUUCGCUAUUUCAAUGGGUCUUCCGGGACCAACAAACUUGAGUUCACCAGAAUCUGUGGAGAAGUGGACCAAAUGGAAAGAUAGUCGCUGCCAACCAAAUUUCAGAAAAAAUGUAGUACCUGCAAAUAGUUGUGGUCCUUAUUGUCCAACAAAUUAUCUGGAGCAUCCAUUUGAAACAUGCUCCAAUACUGGUCAGAUGCUUACUAGUAAUUGCAGAUUACUUCGUGUUGGUCUUCAUAGCCAUGAUACUAUAUCAAUGGCUGUUAUUGAUAGAAUGGGACACAUUGCCGUUGGUACAUCAACUAAUGGGGCAACAUUCAAGAUUCCUGGAAGGGUAGGUGAUGGUCCCAUAGCUGGAUCCUCAGCGUAUGGUGUUGAUGAAGUUGGUGCAUGUUGUGCAACUGGUGAUGGUGACAUCAUGAUGCGCUUCCUUCCAUGUUAUCAAGUUGUGGAAAGUAUGAGGUUGGGAAUGGAACCCAAACUUGCUGCUAGGGAUGCAAUAGCACGAAUAGCAACAAAAUUUCCAGAUUUUGUGGGAGCUGUUGUUGCCCUUAAUAAAAAGGGGGAACAUGCUGGUGCCUGCCAUGGUUGGACAUUUAAAUACUCAGUUAGGAGUCCUGCCAUGAAAGAUGUGAAAGUUUUUACUGUGCUACCCUAAAAGAAAUACUGUUAAAAAAAAUGAAUUUCUUCCAUGCUAAUUUUGUUGGUGGAGGAAAACUGAUGGCACAAAAGUUUGCUUAUAUUGUGAUAUUAUCCUUGUUUCUUAUAUCAACUGCGCUAUUAACAUUGAUUGUGCAAGAUUGAUGAUUGCAUGAAUAUUUCAGACAACAGGAUUUCAAUGAUGUCUGCCUUUUAUUUAGUGUCUUACACGAAGUUAGUGUUAUUGUUGUGAUUGUGAUAGUGCAUAAAGGAUAAACAGAGUGCUUGACUUGAACGUGGAUCGACAUGUCUCUUAUCACAUC